ACAAAGGAGCGGAUGCCGCUGCGCGCAGGGGGGAGGGCGUGCAGUGGAUGUCCGCUUCCAUCGUGCCGGUCUGGGGGUGGUGCGUCAAGGUAGAACAGGUACCCUUAGGCUGCGGGAGUCCGUUGGUGCCAACAAAAUGGAUGCGGGCUGUUUGUUUUCUGUCCUAACAAUUCACCGUCGGAGUGGAUGAACCUAUUAUCCAUUCAUCUCGGAAUUGCUAGAAGCCAGAGAGCAGACGGGGGUAUUGCCAGUGGGCAAGAGCAAGCAUAUCGCAGAGCGUGCUUAGUCAGUUUUGUGGUGCCUUUGGCGAGUGGUCGUCUGCACGGAAUCGCAAUAUUUGGCUUGCUGGUGGCAAUAGUGGAACCGCUUGAGCUGCGGAUCGCCUUGCAUUUGGUCUAUACGACCACCUCCCUGGUCGCUGCUAAUGUGCACUUUGUUGAGCGAGACCCAAUGCUAGCAUCAGGCAUCGAUACAAGGACAGCCAUUGCGGCAUCUGGAAUCGACGCAAGAGGCGGGUUAGCCACUGGCCCUUAUGAUGAAGACGUAUCCUCCGGCGACUCUAAGCGUGGAUUCCGGUACUCCAGCCGUCGCUGGGCAGGUAACAGGGGGACGGAACUAUUGCCUUAAAUCGUAUGGGGCUGAUCGUCUAUUGCCUUGUCUGCGACACGCUGGUUCUCGGACUUUGCAAAGGCAGCACGCAAACGGGCG